GAGAAGAUACAAAUCAGUAGCGGAAGGGGGCUCUGGAAAAAGAACCACAAGAUGCAAAAGGUGCAAGCAGCUUGGACACAUGGAAAAAACAUGUAACGAGUAUGUUUAUGAAUCUGAUGCACCACCUCCUGCCCCUCCAAAACCAAAGAGAAAGAGAGGCAAGAAAAAUGUCACAGUAGUGCCAUCUAGUACUGCUGAACCAACACAGCAACAACCAUCAUUUUCUGACCCAUUUGCUACACCAUCUAGAGCAAUCUCCACUGUUUCUACACCAAGUCCAGUGACAAGGAGUAUGUCAAGAAAAAUGCUGGAAUAUGACUUAUGUACACCAACUAGAGCCAUGACACUAGUUUCUACACCAAGCCCUGUCACAAGAAGCCGUAAGAGGAUACUUGAACUUGAAGACACUAUAGAGCCUGUUCAAUGUCUUGCUUUAUCUCCAGUUCCUAUCAACGAUAAAGAAAAGCCAAAAAAGCUGAAGGUUGUCAGAUUCAAGAAAACAUAA